AUGCCAGACCCCUCCCCAGAUCCCAAAUCCCCCUCCCCAUUUCAGGCCUCCAGGUGGGAGUGGAAGCGUCUGAAGGCGAAGACCCCCAAAAAUGGACCCCCCCCUUGCCCCCGGCUGGGCCACAGCUUCUCCCUGGUGGGCAACAAGUGUUACCUGUUUGGGGGGCUGGCCAACGACAGCGAGGACCCCAAAAACAACAUCCCCAGGUACCUGAACGAUUUGUACGUCCUGGAGCUUCGCCCGGGCUCGGGGGUGCUGGCCUGGGACAUCCCCAUCACUUACGGGGUCCUUCCUCCUCCUCGGGAAUCGCACACGGCCGUGGUGUACACGGAGCGCGACGGGCGGCGCUCGCGCCUCGUCAUCUACGGGGGCAUGAGCGGCUGCAGGCUGGGGGAUCUCUGGACCCUUGACAUUGAGACGCUGACCUGGAACAAGCCGAGCCUGAGCGGGGUCGCUCCCCUCCCCCGCAGCCUCCACUCAGCCACCACCAUCGGCAACAAGUGAGUCUGGGGGCGACCCCCC